GUGUUGCCGCCGUCGCCGGAGUUCGGGAGUCGGCACUCGGCAGACGCACGCCACCAGUGGAGCACCUUCAGCCUGCAUCGGUCACGCCAUCGCCACCACCACUACACGACUGCAGUCGGCAAGUGCAACGAACAACCGGUAUUACAUAAAUAUUGUAAUAACAAUAUAUAUACUAUUUAAUAUWAGUGUUUACGUUGUUAUCAUAAUAAAUAAUAAUAUCGCCGUCCUCGUGCGUUACGCCGGUUGUUCAUCCGUUUCUGUUUACUAUUCAAUAUUCAAUCGCUCCACUUGUAGUCUGUGUAGCCGCGGAMUUGGAAUAGACACAUACAGCCACAUAAACAGGUGUAAAAUUAUAACAAGUAUUAUAUAUUAUUGUGAUCAAAUUAUGGCAUCGUGGUAAACAGUUUUGAGGAACACAAAUCAUGUCCGGCCCGACGGAUAAUGGGGUCACUGGGACUCAUAACGUACAGCCUACAAUCACAGAAUGUAAACUUUAUAAAAGACGAUGGCUYAUGCUGGUGCUUUUUGUCCUGUGUUCGAUGAUCAACGCCGUACAAUGGAUACAGUACAGCAUCAUAUCAAACGUGAUUAUUAAAUUUUAUAAUGUAUCAAGCUUUGCUGUGGAUUUCACAUCCAUUAUAUACAUGGUCACCUACAUACCACUCAUAUUCCCGGCGUCCUGGAUACUAGAAAAAAUGGGUCUUCGCGUGGCUAUGGUAGCCGGCUCUUUUGGCACGAUGCUCGGUGCCUGGUUCAAAGUCGCUUCUUCCAGUCCGGAGAGAUUUUAUAUGACCAUGCUGGGUCAAACGAUUACAGCUAGCUCGCAAGUUUUCAUAUUGAAUUUGCCGGCACGCUUGGCAGCAGUGUGGUUUGGCCCGUCUGAAGUAUCUACAGCGUGUUCAAUCGGAGUGUUUGGAAAUCAGUUCGGUAUAGCUCUGGGCUUCUUGUUGCCACCUCUACUGGUUCAAGACAACGACAAUUUGUACGCUAUAUCCUCAGGCUUGUCACGAAUGUUUUACGCCACAGCCAUAAGUUCAACAUUGGUGUUUAUAUUAAUAUACUUCUUUGUCAAGCCAUCUCCGCCAUUACCACCGAGUUUGGCACAAGCGAAUCAGAGAUCGACCAGUACUAACGACCCGAAAAACUUCAUCAAGUCUUUGUGGAGACUAGUGUACAACUAUGGUUUCCUUUUAUUAUUACUGUCAUACGGCAUGAACGUUGGUUCGUUUUAUGCCAUUUCCACACUCCUAAACCAAAUUAUAUUGGAACAUUUUCCUGAAAAUGCGGUGGAUGCCGGCAGGAUAGGUCUAACAAUCGUCCUUGCAGGAAUGGUGGGUUCAGUAGUGUGUGGUUUCGUAUUGGACAGAACGCAUCUCUUCAAAGAAACGACUCUAGUGGUGUAUGCGUGUUCGUUAGUCGGMAUGAUAGUCUAUUCAUUUACGUUGUCUUGCGGAUACAUAUCAGUUGUGUACCUGUCAGCAAUCCUACUUGGGUUUUUUAUGAAUGGUUAUUUAGCGGUUGGAUACGAAUUAGCGGCUGAGCUGACCUAUCCUGAGUCCGAAGGAACAUCCAGCGGAAUGCUAAAUGCAGUUGUGCAAGUAUUCGGCAUCGUUUUCACCUUGAUUUAUGGAUGGAUAAAUAAUGCAGCCGGAGACAAGAAAGCUAAUUUAUUUUUGGCUGGAACGCUCGUCCUAGGAACCUUCCUCUCCGCCAUGAUACCAUCCGACUUGCGGCGACAAGCAGCUCAAGAAAAGAAAUCACUGAUUAAUUGAUUAAUUAAUGAUAGUUUUAAAACCAUAAGCAAUGUAUAAUUGGCUCAAGUAUUUGUAAUUUAUUAUCCCAAUAUAUUAUAAGUAUUUAAGUACCUUUUAUAUUGAUAUAUUUUAAGGAUCUGAUGAUAUUCCUUAUUCGCCUAGAAAGGAAUUAAARUUUAAACCUAUAAAGAUUCCAUAUUUUAGUAAAAUAUAAAGUAUUUAUUUUUCA